UGAAGUACAAAUGUAGUUCAUAUAAGAGUCACCGUAACAACUUUAACACUUACAGAUGAACAUCAAACCAAAUUUAUAGAAAAUGUUUCCAGUGAUAUUUAGUGUAUGUUUUGAUUAAAGAUGGUGCUGAGCGGAGUUGGAGAAGUGACGAUUCUUAUCUGUGCUUGCUUGUUUAUCUUCACUGCACCAAUUUUGCUUCACGCGAAAAAGAAACCCCACAAAAUGGAGAUGACCACAACAACCGAACCUCCCCCAGAACAUCACGAUCAUUAUCAUGACUACGAGGACUUCCCCCAUGACAGUUACAAACCCCCCGAUCGCAGAUACAUAUCCUACAAUAAGCCUUCGUAUCAUGAUCGAGGAUCGUCUUUCUAUGACAUAAGGAAAGAUUCGUAUUACAAAGCUUUAGUUAACUCUUACAAUUCAGCAUACAAAAAUUUGUACCAAAACGUGUACGAAAGCGUUAAUCAUCAAGACAAGCAUGAUAGAUUUAGGAGAGGAGCUUCUAAAAACGCUGAUUAUUCUUCAGGAGAAGUUCUAAAGGAAUCUGUCGAAGUUCCCACUCACGAGAUGCCUCUUGAUGAACUCCACCUGCUUGAAACGGCUCUUAAUGCUACGCACGAGUUACGACCCAAAAAUAAGAUAUCAAAGAAGAAGAAACAAAUUUACUUGAAAAAUAUCAUGAAUACUAGAAGAAAACGGUCAUUAAAUAAUGUUAUAAAAAAUACACGUGAUGGUAGUGAACGUCAGAAACCAAAAUACAAAAGAAAUAGUUUAAGUGAUGGAUUUAGCAAAAUAAUUAAAAAACGACUUAAAAGAACUGCUGCAGAUACAGAUGCAGAUUCCAGAAAAUCAGAAAAUGGAUUUUUUAGUAUGAUUACUUUACCAGAAAAGGACAAUGAAUAUAAUGACGAAAAUAUGGAAGUAGAACAAACUACACGACGUCAUAGAUUAGUUGUUCCGUUAAUGUUUUAAGUAUGUCAUCGUGUAAUUUUUUGAUUUAUGUAGAGACAGUUUCAAUGUGUGAAACCUCUGUGAUUUAAAAUUAUUUAUUUAUGAGGAGCUUUUCUUCGCUGCUUCGCUUCGCUUGUUUCUCCAUAAAACCUUUUAACUCCCAAUUCACCCCCAGAAAAUUUUAUAUAAAGUCGCCACCCCAGA